UUUUCUCCUUUAAUUAUUUCUAAUCUAUUCUAGUAAACGUUUAUUAAAUAUGUAAAAUAAAGUUAGAAGUCGGUAGUUAAAAGGUGUUUCUUAGCAAUUCUUGUGAUAUUUAUGAUGGAUGCUGAGUUUACGGGCUGUAGUUUACGGAUUUCGGUGGGGAAAAAGUGGAUCGGUCACAUGGCGUCUGAUCUAAGCAAUUGUAGUAAGAGCAAAAACAAUUUCAAGCUUUAUGAGAAAACGUAGUUGAUAUGCAUUCGUGUAUUCAGUGAAAUAACCAUGUUAUACUUAUUUUCUGAAAAUAGGCUAAUAUCUCACUGGCAGUAAGAGAGAAAAUUUCAAUCGAAAUAAAGGAAUUCCCGUGGCUUGUUAAACAAACAUAUUACUUUUGGUUAGCACAAAAAUGUCAAAAUAUAUUUAGCGUUAUUAUUCAAUUUCUGAAGAGAGUGGGUUGCUUCAGAUUCAAUUAGGGCGGGCACUAUGUUCAGGUUUAUCAUAAACACUUUAAAUGAAUGUUGGUUUUUAUGUAGCAAUAGUAAAAGGAACUUAAUUGUGGCAAUGCGGCAAUAGUCGGUACUUACUGCAGUUAAGAGGUGGUCUUAUGGCGCAUUUAUUUAUAAUUACCAAGACAGUUUGUUGAGUCACGUUUUAGUUCAUAUGCAAUAAAUCUCUAAAAGGUUUGUUAAUUAUUAUAGUGGGUUAAAUAUAAGCCAAAUAUGGCUUUUUUCGGUAUUUACUUAUUAUCUUUAUUGUUUAUUUUAUUGCACACAUGGAAACGCGAAACCGGAAAAGGCGCCGUCCGUCGGUCAAACUACACCAGCAUCCCAGCCAAAACCUACCUGGCACCAGCCAACAACCCCGUCAGCUGCCUUCCACCCAAAUGCCCGAUCAGCUGCCUCCCAACCAACAGCCUGUCCAGCUGCCUCUCACCCCCAGCCAUCGACUCGGCCAAUGGUCUUCAAACCAACAGUCCGGCCAUCAACCCGACCAGCUGCCUCUCAGUCAACAACUGGGCGACCAGAUGCAGCCUGCAGCAAGCCAGCCAGAGCCGGUUGUUCAAUCGGGUAAUGGUUUUAGUGAGGAUAUUUUUUUACCAUGCAUGAUUCCUAGUUUUCAGUCUGUUUUAGGUGAUCAUGUUCCUCAGUCAAUUAAAGACAAAAUAAUAUCAGGCCAAUAUGUAGAUCUGGCAUGUUUGUUGGAGGCCCCGGUAGUUCCUGAAGAUUUAGGAAAACAUUUGGUUUUGAAUAAUUCGGGUGAAUUAGUGGUAAAGCCCAACAUGAAACAAAGCAUUGUGGAUAUAGCUAAAUGGACUGACGCAUUCCUCAUUUUCUCAAGCAUUUAUUUAAGUGCUCAUCCGGUUAAAAUGCAAGAUCUCUUAAAGUAUAUGCACACUAUAAGGCUGGGGGCAGCAAGACACACUGAGGGUUGGAGAUCUUAUGAUCAACAGUUUAGGUUGAGAAUGGGUAAUAACCCAGCGAAUUCGUGGGCAAUGAUUGAUAUGGAGCUUUGGCUGUUGUGUAUGGGGCCUCCAAGGCAGCCAGUUCAUGAUACAGGGAAUUUUGUAAGAAAAUGUUAUGAUUUCAAUUAUACCAGAUGCUUACGGUCAGUUUGCAAUUACAAACAUGCUUGUAUGAUUUGUGGUUCCGACCAUCCUUCCAGGGUAUGUCAUCUCAAGCCUCGCAACACCAGUUCCUUGGGAGGAGGGUCUGUCAGGGGGGCUGUCACCCAGACCUCGUACAGGCCUAGAGCUUACACGUUCCGACCUAGAGGCCCAAUUCAGGGGCUCCGGGGCCCGUUUAGCAGAUACUAAUACCUCAGUUUGGUCUCUUGGCAAGUCGCCAAUCAAUGUUGUUACGAUUUCUAAAUAUCUUCAGUUAUAUCCAAAUAAAGAAGUAGCUUCUGUG